AGCGUUCUGCGAUUAACGAGUCUCGUGUGUGAUAAGUUAUAAACAAAUAAUGUGUAAGCGGUAACUUGAGACAUGCAGCAUGAGAGCAAAUUUUUUGGGGCUUUUAUUAUUAUCGGCUAGACUUUUAUGAGAAUGCUAAUCGGCAUUUUUGAUUAAAUGUCUAAAUUUUUUGUGGAUUAAUUUUUAGUAAUAUUUAUAGUUUGUAAACAUUAUGCACAGUUUAUCUUUGGCAUUUCUGCUGAUAUUGUUAUCCGAUUCUGUCUAUUCUUUAAUCGAUGGCUUGUAUUGUGGGAAAGAAAACUGUUAUGCAGUUCUUCAUAUCACCAGAGAAGCCUCUAAGGCUGAAAUUUCAAAAAUGUAUCGGCAGUUAGCUAAAAAGUAUCAUCCAGAUAUGCACAAGACUCCUGAAGCUAAAAAAGAAGCAGAAGAAAAAUUCACGCUGCUUGUGACUGCAUAUGAGGUCUUGAAAGAUGAUGAAAGCAGGAAAGACUAUGAUUACAUGCUGGAUAACCCUGACAAAGUGUAUGGCCAUUACUAUCGGUAUUAUAGAAGACAAAUGGCUCCUAAAGUGGAUGCACGGAUCGUUAUUGCUGUCUCCAUCACAGUAAUAUCUGUUAUACAAUAUCUUGGUGCAUGGUCAAGGUACAAAUCUGCUAUAAAUUACCUCAUAACAGUACCUAAAUAUCGUCUUAAGGCUAUGGAGAUAGCAAAACAAGAAAAUUUAUUAGCAAUGAAUAAAAAACGGGAUAAAAGACCCAAAGAGCAAAUAAAAGAAGAAGCCGAAGAAAUUUUAAAAAAGAUUUUGGAAGAAAGAAUUGAUAUAAGGGGUGGCUAUUCAAAGCCAAGCCUCUGUGAUGUGCUGUGGAUUCAACUACUCUGUCUACCAUACACCAUAGCAAAAUAUGUAUUCUGGAAUGUCCGAUGGCUCUGGAAGUUCAAUAUCAUGAAGUGUGAGUAUGGAGAGGAAGAAAAGCAGUAUCUCAUUAGAAAGCACUUGCAAUGCUCGCAGACGCAGUGGGAAGCCAUUCCCGAUGAAGAAAAAGAGGAAUGUUUUGAACAAAAUUUAUGGAUUAAAGAUAAUUUUUUAAAAUGGAAACAGAAAAAGGAAGAUGAUUUGAAAGCAAAAUAUGCUGAGAGUGCUCGUUAUAAAACUACUAGAAGGAUGAUGAGGAAUCAAGGUCACAGACAAAUAACAUUUGAAGAUUAAAAAUUGAUGACCAGAAUUUUUUUGUAUAAAUUUGAAAUAAAACAUCUCUACAUCAUU